CGCAGGCGGCCGGGGCUGCGUCCCCGCCGGACCCCGGGGGGCGGAGCGAGAGCCCGGGCUCGGCGGCAUCCUCCGGCGCGGCCAUCGCCGGGCUGCUCCAUGGAGAAGCGGGGCCCGGUGCUGCACAUCGUGGUGGUGGGCUUCCACCACAAGAAGGGCUGCCAGGUUGAAUUUUCGUAUCCUCCCCUAAAACCUGGAGAAGGACAUGACAGCCACAGUUUACCAGAGGAGUGGAAGUACUUGCCAUUCCUUGCCUUACCGGAUGGCGCUCACAACUAUCAGGAAGAUACUGUGUUUUUCCAUCUCCCUCCGAGAUGCGGGGAUCGAACCACGGUGUAUGGCGUCUCCUGCUACCGGCAGAUUGAAGCAAAGGCAUUAAAAGUACGGCAAGCAGACAUCACCCGAGAAACUGUACAGAAAAGUGUCUGUGUUCUCAGCCAGCUGCCUUUGUAUGGGUUACUUCAGGCAAAGCUGCAACUCAUCACACAUGCAUAUUUUGAAGAAAAAGACUUCUCACAAAUUUCAAUUCUAAAGGAACUUUAUGAUCAUAUGAAUAGUUCCUUGGGCAAUACUUCGUUAGAAGGGUCACAAGUUUAUCUUGGUCUGUCUCCUCGGGAUCUUGUUCUCCAUUUUAGACACAAGGUCUUGAUCCUUUUUAAAUUGAUUCUUCUAGAGAAAAAGGUGCUGUUUUAUAUUUCUCCUGUAAAUAGAUUGGUGGGAGCUCUGAUGACUGUCUUGUCACUCUUUCCUGGUAUGAUUGAACAUGGUCUUAGUGACUGCUCACAGUACAGACCGAGAAAGAGCAUAUCAGAGGAUGCUGGCUCGCAGGAAAAUCCACCACAGUUAGAUGACUAUGUUUCUGUGUCUGCUGCUGAUGCUGCAAAUGCAAAUUUAGGAAUGGGAAAGGGAGACAGGAAGAUGGCAGGAGAUAAUUCACUGGAAGAUCAAAAAGCAAAUGUGCCUUUCUCCCAGGCCGAGAAGACUUGCAAUGGAGCUCAGUCCUCCAAUGGUACUGUGCAGCGCUUGAAAGUUCCUUCCCGAGCUUCUCCAGCAUCCUCAGAAAGUGACUGGGAGACCCUGGAUCCCAGCAUUUUGGAGGAGUCUAAUUUGAAAGAAGGAGAACGUGAGAAUGCAGCGUCAGAACAGGCGGGAAAUGUUCGGAGCAAAGCUGUGAGCUCUGAGGGCCUUCCCAUCACUGUGCAGCCCCAGGCAAACACGGGGCACACGGUGCUUGUUCAAGGCCUGGUGUCUGGGUUGGAGGAGGACCAGUAUGGGAUGCCACUGGCUAUUUUUACAAAGGGGUACCUCUGUUUGCCGUACAUGGCGCUGCAGCAGCAUCAUCUCCUGUCGGAUGUGACGGUGCGCGGCUUUGUGGCGGGAGCUACCAAUAUCCUGUUCCGUCAGCAGAAGCACCUGAGCGAUGCAAUUGUGGAAAUAGAAGAUGCUCAGGUGCAAAUCCACGAUCCAGAGCUCCGUAAGAUCCUGAACCCAACAACUGCUGACCUGAGAUUUUCAGAUUACUUGGUGAAGCAUGUAACUGAGAACAGAGAUGAUGUGUUCCUUGAUGGCACUGGAUGGGAAGGAGGAGAUGAGUGGAUCAGGGCUCAGUUCAGUGCUUAUCUUCAUGCACUGCUUGCUGCUGUGCUGCAACCAGACAAUGAAAAGAUUUUGUCAGACUUUGGAACAGGAUUUGUAACAGCCUGGAAAAAUACCCACAACUACAGAGUAUGGAAUAGUAACAAGCAUCCAGCUCUUGCAGAGGUAAAUUCUAGCCAUCCGUUCCAGGGACAGUACUCUGUAUCAGAUGUUAAGUUAAGGUUGUCACAUUCAGUGCAAAACAGUGAACGUGGAAAGAAGAUUGGAAAUGUGAUGGUUUCUACCAGCCGGAAUGUGGUACAAACAGGAAAAGCUGUAGGUCAGUCUGUUGGAGGAGCCUUCACGAGUGCAAAAUCAGCAAUGUCAUCGUGGUUUUCCACUUUCACACACUCAACCCAAAGCCUUGGGGACUAAACGCUGGUUUGGCAGAAUGCUGCUGACUGUUUCAGGUGCAAUCUUUCUCUGAGCUGUAAAAAGACCACUCCAAAAUGUAGGAGUGCAGAUUACCUGCCCAGGACCAAAAUAAGGUAUAUGUUGCUUGCAAGCAGAUGUGGAAUAUUAUUAUUCACUUUCCCUAGAAGUACAGAAGAAUGGUGAGUGUCACCAUGCAGUGGGAUGGCAUUUGCAGUGUAUUGGUUAUAUUUAAAAUGACUACUUCUCUUUAAAACUGAGCCUUUAUAAAGACAUUAGCAAAUGGGGCUUGUUGCAAGCCAAAUGUGUUUGACUUUAGAUUUGUACAUUUUCUUGGAUGUUGAAGAUAUUUAUGUAAAGUAGUUCUAUUUUUCAAUCCAGAUAGCCAAAUGUUUGUGAAUUCUUGUUAGAAAUGAGCAAAUAUAAAUAAUAAUUCUUCUUUUAGGUUGGAUUUAGAGAAUCUCUGCAACCCUUAAAGGGUGGAACUUUCACACUUUUACCUGCAAAUUAAAAUCAACAAGGUGCAGAGUAAGACUGUGGCUGACAAGAGUUUUUUUUCCCUCUAUUCCCUGUAUCCAUGUAGAGUUGUUUGAAUUAAUCUAUCUCUAGCUCUCUUUGUGUCUUCAAAUCUGUGUAACAGUUGCAAAAUCAGUAGUUUUUUUCAUGUUAUGCAGUAGGCCUUCAUACCUUUGGCUAUGUUUUGGCUGAGUUUUUCCCCAGGACAUGAAUGGGAUUCCAGUUGGAGAGAUCUCUUCAGGGAAAGAAUUACAAAGCAUUUCUCCCAAGCUGGGAUUGGAUCAUUUUGUAAGUUAGGAUGCCAUUACAACAUUAAUGUAGUUGC